CUCCGCUUCGACCUACCAGCUCCAUCUUCCACCUUCAAGAUGUAAAUAAAUCAAUCACCAACGCGCCUACAGCACACUACACUGCGAUAAAUACAGAUGCCACCUACGCAGAGAUUCCCAACUUACCGCCUCCACACAAUAAAAUCUCACAAUGCCCCGGUAAACGCAAUCUGCUUCUCCAGCCCACCAGGCACGUACAUUUUAACGGGCUCCUCCGACCGCUCCAUCCAUCUCUGCCGCGCCCUCCCACCCUCCUCCACGACCGUCCCAGCCACAACGCCCAUCACCACCACCCCGAUCCAGCGGUAUGCCAAACAUGGCUACUCUGUGCUCGACCUCGCGGUAACGGCGGAUAACGCGCGGUUUGCCAGUGUAGGGGGUGACAAGCAGGUAUUUUUGUGGGAUGUGGAAACGGGGACGACGGUGAGGAGAUGGAGUGGACAUGAUGCGCGGGUUGAGGCGGUGGAGUUUGGGGCGGAGGCGGAUUCGAUUGUUGCUAGUGGAAGCGCCGACACAACCUUAAAACUCUGGGACACCCGCUCCCUCACCUCAAAACCCAUCCAAACCCUCUCGGAAGCCCGCGACACCAUCUCCUCCCUGAGCAUCCACAUGCCCACGGCCAGUAUAAUAUCUGGCAGCUACGACGGGCGAAUCCGCAGCUACGAUCUGCGCAUGGGCAUGGUGAACGUCGACGUCAUGGGUCACGAGGUGACGAGCGUGCGCUGUUCGGAUGACGGCAAUAUGGUGCUGGCGUCAUGUCUUGAUGGGUGGAUUCGGAUGGUUGAUCGGGCGGAUGGGAGCGUGUUGAAGGCGUUUGGGGGUGGGAGGUCAUAUGCUGCGGCUGCGGCUUCGGCCUCAGGGCAGGCAGAGAGUGUCUCUGCGGCGCCUGCUGCUACUGCUGCUGCUGCUGCUGCUGCUGCUGCUGGUGGGGAUGAAACGCCGCGAUAUGUCAAUAGUUCGCUGCGGAUUAGAUCUUCGUUUGCGAUGGGGGAUAGCGUUGUGUUUAGCGGUGGAGAGACAGAUGAGAAGGAGAGUGCCGUGAAUGCCGAGAGCCAUGUGUUUGCGUGGGAUGUAUUGACGGGGGAUGUGAUUGCGAAGGUGAGUGCGGGGAAAGGGGUGAAGGCGGUUAGUUGUGUGGCGUGGAAUGAGAAAGGGGGUUGCUGGGCGGGGGGUUGUUCGGAUGGGACUGUUCAAGUUUUUGGAUGACUUCGGCAUUUCCUUUCCCCGAAGUACCUCGUUUCACACAGAAAACGAACCUGUUAACGAUCCAUAUAUAUGCUACGUUGUCAUGACCAUUCUAAUUACCUCACCGUCCCGGCUGACAUCUGCCAUCUUGUAUUAUUAUAAACGCCAGGACUAAUCCUAAUGGGCCUUCCAUUUCAUAUAUCUGCUAGUCAUUUAUCAUUUUCAAUUACCAUUCAAUUCCAUGAAACCUCGCGCAUAUUCUGGUUCGAACAAAUAUACCCGUAUCCGAUGUUUUACAUCCCGGGAGGAUAACUCAUCUAAGAUACAUCCCUCCCAAUCAUAGCCCUACCCAAUGAAAAGACAACUUAAGGACUCUACCCAUUCAUUGAUUGGUGAAGCAUUAACAAAUACAAAGUAAGCCAAGUAUAAUUGAGGCCUCAUGAUUGCGAGUGGACUUGAGCCAUAGGCGACGUGGCAAAAGAAAACCAUUUGAUUCCAUAUACUUUUCAAUAUAAACACUACAAAUGUCAGGGAUUGAAUUAUAUCCCGCUGCUUCAAAUAUGAAGAUGUCAAUUUUUUCGAUAGCUGAGGCGGCUGACGUCGUCCUUACCUCUGUUUGCACUACAAUAUUUCCACACUCAACAUACCCUACCUACCUACCCAACUUUUAUCUCUCACACCCAAACCACGCUCUUUUGAUCCCAAAUAUACAUACUAUGUUUUUUUGCCGUCGUUCCAUCAUCCAUGUAAGAAGAUAUAGCAAUGGCUUUUUUUUUUUUUUUAUCUUAUUCUGGUUUUUUUUUUGUAUUCGUUUUGGGUUCAUAAAGCAUUUCGUCAAUCGUGAGUAACUGAGUAAACAAAAUCAAAAUCAAAUCACCCGCUAACUUUUUCCUUUAUUCUCUAUCACCUGAUUUUGUCAAUAUAUAUGGAAUUCGGCAACACAUCCUCACAAAACAAAAUACCCUUGGUUCCCCCUCCCUCUGGACGGAUAUCCGUUCGAGCUCCCGUAUUAUAAUGAACUCGAGGGUCCACUCUCUGCAUCCAAUGAUGCCAUUGCCCUCUCCAGCUCCCUUUCGCCAACAAUGACAGUGCCAGCCCUCACCGUACUCAGGAAGCUGAUAUCGACUGCAUCUGGGUACAACGAAUCAGGGUCUGACGGAACUCGGUGAAGCUUCUCGUGGGCGCCCUGUGACUGCUCGCUUUUCUGCCUGGGUUUCUGCGACGAGGUUGAUGAUUUAUCAUAACCAAACUUAGCGAUAGUAGAGCCAUUCGUCGAGAGCUCCACGCUCCUAGCGUCGUCAUCAUCAUUGUCGUCGUGAUCGUUGUCACUCUCGCCGAUGGCAUGGGUAGGCUCUCGACUUUGAGUCGCCGCCGCGAGCCGGCUGGCUACCCCACAGACGAUACCUGUAGCUUCCAGUGGAAGUUCGUGCAGAUCCAACAUGAUAGGGAUGAGGACGUCCUCCUGUGAGCCUAGUAGGAGAUUAUUAUCGCUAUCGCCUCGUGAGUAGCCACCGUGCUGGUUUGGGGGAACACAAGAGAUGGGGUCGAGAGAGAAGCGAGGCAGGAGCCGUUUUUCGAGCAAUAUGGAGGCGGCCGGGUCGGUGGCUGUCAGGGUUAGUGAGAGGAAGCGGGGUUUAUCAAGUAUUAGAGUUGUGACGAGGCUUGGGCGGAGGAUUGAAGGGGAGCAUGGGCGGGAGGAUGAUGAGUAUUGUGCUGCGCAUUGGACAAUGCGGAGGGAUUUGUCGACGCGGGCGUGUAUGUUGUGUUUCCGUAAGGAGGCGAACGUUCGUGUUUGGAGCUCUGGUAGUGUUGAUGGGGGAGGUGUUAAGGGUGGUGAUCGUUGUGCGUCUAAGGAUGGUGGAGAGCUGCGGUAUUGCGGAUUACUGCUACUGUUGACGAAGGCAUCAGACGGGACUUCGAAGUUGAAGCCACGGUUCUUGAUAGUGUGGGUUACAAGGCCUCUUGAACGGCGGGGGACGAGGAUGUAGUCGGAGAAAUAAGUUGAGAUGAAGAAUAUGGAUCUUAUGCAAUUUUCCACUCAUUAGUAACAGAGUAUAGCGGUUCUAAAUAUUAGUAUGAACUUACACUCCCGCCAUUGCAAGAGCGCUGGUCAGUUCCAGAACUCGUUGGCCGGCAUCCAACCCUUGCCCAUCAACCUGCAUGACGAUGAAAUCCUCCUCACUG